UUGAGUUCCAUUUCAAUUUUUGUGUUUUCAGGUAGAAUAUCCUAUAGACGUUUCAUACACACCGGAUGAGCAUUUCAAACGUUGGAGAUACAUGAGUUACAACUUCACCCUAGCCACUUUUUGGACACCUCAUUUAGUAAAAGGCGAGGAAGCAGACAAUAAUGGUCCAACCCACACAGGCCUCUUCAAUCUCUACCUUGAUGAGUUUGAUGAGGAAUGGACAACCCAAGUAGAAGAAUUUGACUACUUGAUCAUCUCUGCGGGCCAUUGGUUCUUCAGGCCAAUGGUAUACUAUGAAAAUCACCAAAUUGUUGGCUGCCAUUAUUGUCUUCUAGAUAAUGUUACCGACCUAACAAUGUACUAUGGUUACAGAAAAGCAUUUAGGACUGCCUUUAAAGCCAUUAAUAGCUUGAAAAACUACAAGGGUAUAACAUUUCUUAGGACUUAUGCACCAUCACAUUUUGAAAAUGGUUUGUGGAACCAAGGUGGGAAUUGUGUGAGAACUAAGCCAUUUAGGAGCAAUGAGAUAAAAUUGGACGAUCAAAAUUUAGAGCUGUACAUGGCCCAAGUGGAGGAAUUUAGGAAGGCAGAGAAAGAAGGGAAAAAGAAAGGUUUGAGAUACAGGUUACUUGAUACAACACAAGCAAUGUUAUUAAGACCAGAUGGUCACCCUAGUAGAUAUGGGCAUUGGCCACAUGAAAAUGUGACAUUGUACAAUGAUUGUGUGCACUGGUGCUUGCCAGGACCCAUCGACACCUGGAGUGACUUUCUUCUUGAGAUGUUGAAGAGGGAAGGUGUGAGAUCACACGAGGAGAAGCUUCAAUAUUUGAGUGACAGAAAAUUGCCAGUUAGAUAGAUUGAACUAUUAUUGUACUUAUAUAUGUUAAUUUAUUGCUCUCAUUUUUAAUUAUGUUUACGUAUCUCAAAUUUGUUUAAUAUGUACACGGUGGAUGAAAAUCGAAGAGACUAAGAGGGACAAAACCUCGCAUGUUGCUUUGUGGGUUU